AUGCACGAGAUUCCAUCUCUCAUCACAACCGUUACCCUUGCGCCGUCGCCGAACGAUUGCUCGCCGUCAAUGACAGACGUACCCCAUGCCUCCUCCACCCAGCGGCCCCAAACGUUCCUCUCUCGCCCCCAUCUCCAAACCCAUGGCAUUUCCGGCACCGGCUUUGAAGAAUGGGAAAUCCGAAUCGCAUGCUUAGAGUUUUACGUCCUACUCGUCAGCAUGACAGUAACGGUCCUGUUUUUGGCCUGGCUCGCGCUUGUUGGACUGGAUUAUUUGAGACCACAAUACCGAGGACAGGCCAGGCUCAGCGAGAAAGGUCUGAGGUAUUUAAAAAUAAAGGCAGAGAGGCUGAAAGACAAGGACGAGGACGAGGAUACAUGGGUGGAGCUGGAGGAAUGCAGUAAUACCACGGGGAGGGUGAGUGUAACAGGGCAAACGGAAGACGAGGAUACAGAGAAAGGAGAAUCGACAGGAGAGCAACUGGGGCGGAAUGAGCCGAGAAGGCGGAAUUGA